UUCAAACUUUUCUACUCUUUUAAAAAGGCAUGCAUAUUUAAAAAAUGUGUUAUUCUACGCAAACAUUAGUCUUCAUAAUAGCUUUCUUUUCUACUAAUAUACCAUCUUGAUUGGACCAUGAUUUCUCCAUUUUUCGACUUUUUCCUGUAUUGGGGGAUCUCCCCCUAAUCUAAUUUUUUUUCUUUCACUUGCAAGUUAUUAGUUUUUAUAAACACUCCGUGCAAGAAGAUUAAAAGAACAUUCGAACAGUCAAAUAUCAUAAUUUUGAAAUGAAAUUUGAAGGAGCCAUUUGGGGCUAUAUGGGCAGUUUUUUCGAAUAUAAUUUAUUUCUUUUUCUUCGAGUUUAGAACACUGAAUUAAAACAUGCAUACUGCUUCAUUACCUCAUCAACUUUGGGGUUGCAUGAUGUUAUUUCAGAUGAAAUUUAAAGAAUUGAAACGGUUUUCAAAGGGUGCUCAUUCCUCCCAUUGGCCAAACCGCCCUGACUACCCUUUAAACAAUUCUCGCGCGUGCGUAUGCAUGUCUCUCCUCGCAGUCAAUCCUCAACGUGAGAUACCUAUGAAUUUGGCGCGCAACACGCUGCUAGGGUAAACUCGUCAAUUUCCUGCAACCUGUUGAUGGUGCACCAGCAUGUCUCCAUGGUGACCAAAGAGCCAAUACAUAUAAUGCCGUUUAAUCGAUAAUCUACAGGUUCACGUUCUUUUUUAACAAAUUGCAAUCACUUUAAUUCGGUACAUAAUGUUUUCGCAAAAUAUGCUGAUUCGCGACGGAGAAUACACGAAAUCCAUCUAUACUAUGAUCAAAGAGGAGCGUUUCCAGGAGGCAAUCAAUGUCCUGAACGGCAUCCCGGAGGUUUCCACCACACGAGCCGGAUUGUCGCUGCUGGGUCACUGCUACUACCAAACGCAGGAUUUCAUCGAGGCAUCCAACUGCUACGAGCAUCUCGUCAAUUUGGUCCCGGAUGUGCCCGAGUACAAACUCUACUACGCGCAGUCCCUCUUUCAAGCUGGCCUGUUCGAGGAGGCCCACAAGAUCUCCACCACCUUGGAUGCACCUCAGCUGAAGGACAAGGUUCUACAGCUGCAAUCGGCCAUCGCCUACGGGAACGAGGACUACUCCACUGCCCAGUCCUUACUGCUGCAGCGCCAGGACACAAGCCAGGAGGCAACCGUGAAGAACGACGAAGGCUGCCUACUCUUCCAGGCCAACAUGUUCGAGGACGCCCUGCAGCGAUACGUAUCCGCCUUGCAGGCGGGUGGCUUUAAUCCGCACAUCGCCUACAAUGCCGCCUUGUGUCACUAUCGCAAGAAGGAGAACUCCCAAGCCUUGAACUACAUCGCAGAGAUCGUGGAACGUGGUAUUCGCAAUCACCCAGAGCUUGGCGUUGGAGCCCAGGCGGAAACCGAAGGCGGUGCUCGCAGUGUGGGCAAUCCGCCGGCACUGGCCGCCUCGGGGUUGGCUCAAGCUUUCAAUCUGAAGGCUGCCAUCGAAUACCAAGAAGGCAACGUGGAAGGUUCCCGCGAGGCUCUAACUGACUUGCCACCCCGUCUGGAGCCGGAGCUGGAUCCGGUGACGCUGCACAACAUGGCACUGACCGAUCCCGUCGGCGGUGGAGCAGGCCUACGCCGCUUGGCGUUCCUCCUCGAGCUUGGACCGCCCACAUGUCCACCAGAAACAUUCGCCAACUUGCUACUGUUAUGCUGCAAGCACGAAAUGUACGACACUGCGGCCGACAUUCUGGCCGAGCAUACCCAUCUCACGUACAAGUACCUCUCGCCGUACAUGUACGAUCUGCUGGACGCUCUCAUCACUGCGCAGUCCACGCCGGAGGAAGCCGAACAGAAACUUGGAGUCCUGGCGAACAACAUCGGUGGUAGACUGCGGUCGUUGGCGGCCAAAGUGCAAGAGUGUCGAUCGGCUCCCGAUCAGAACGCUCUUCGUGUGGCGCUUCGUGAGUACGAAUCCGCCCUGGAAAGCUACCUUCCGGUGGCCAUGGCUCGGGCAUGGAUUCCCUGGCGUGCGGACGAUUUCCAAGGUGCGGAGCGGGAAUUCCGCGCAAGCGCCGAGUUCUGCUCGGAAACUCCGACCUGGCGGCUGCAUGCGGCUCACGUGCUAUUCAUGCGUGGCGACCGAUACAAGGAAGCCGCUGCGUUCUACGAGCCGAUCGUUCGUCAGAACUACGACGAUAUCCUAGCGGUGUCGGCGUCGGUAUUGGCCAAUCUAUGUGUGGCGUACAUCAUGACUUCGCAGAACGAAGAAGCUGAAGAGCUGAUGCGUAAGGUGGAACGCGCCGAAGAGCGCAAGGGCAACGCCAACGGACAGUGUUUGCAUCUGUGCAUCGUUAACCUCGUGAUCGGGACGCUGUACUGCGCCAAGGGGAACUACGAAUUCGGGCUGUCGAGGAUCGCCCACGCUUUGGAUGGAGGCUCUGGGGCACGCCUUUGCGCCGACACGUGGCUACAUGUGAAGCGUUGCGUGCUGGGUCUGUUGACGGGACUGUCCAAGCAAACUAUAGUGUUGCCCUCGAUAGCGAUUCAGGAAACGCUAAGCUUUCUACGUACUUGUGAGGCGUAUGGCUUGACGAUUCCAUCCGUGCUGACUGGGCCGUUGGAGGAAACAGGAGAGCAACCACCUACAAUUGGGUUGGAAGCGCGCAAACUGCGGGCUUUGCUGCUCAGAUUGAUGGAGUACAAGUAGGGUGGACGGUUCUCAUGUGACACAAAUCUUUUACUGAACUUAGUGUUCAUAAUAAAAUAAUACAAUUAUCAUGGAUUGAACUACAUUUUCAAC